AUGGCUGCCAGUGCCUCCGGUCCCCAGAUCUUCGAUGAUGCGAACCGAUCACCCGGCAAGACAUCCAUGUUCCGGGCCAUAAUGUCGCCCAAAACCCAUAAACGAAACCAAUCAGCCGAUGAUGCCGUUGCCCCGCGACCUCUGCAGCGAAGCAAGCCAUCCGAGAACACUUAUCCUUUUGGUGACGAGCCGACUCUGCAUGGCGGCUGCCACCCGUUGAGUGAGAUCAUCCCAAACCGAGAUGCGGGGGAUAACGGAGUACCUGUUCCAAAGGUGGACAAGAUGCCCAAAGGGCCCAUGCAUAAGAAGACCAAGAGUGCCGUCUCUCUGAAGUCGUUGAGAAGCUACAUGGAGCGGAAGGAUGGCAAACCAGAGGAGCCAACUGGUGAAGGAGAGGGGCUGUCUCCCAAGAAGGCUAAAUCAUCAACCAGUCUCUCAGCCAUUCUCAAGCGAUCCCAACGUGGGCGCAAGGGCGAUGGAUCUAAGCAGUCUCGCGACAAGGAGAACCGCAGCCCAACCGACCUUAUCGAUAAUAUGCCGUCCCCAAUGUGGGGUGGGGAUGGGCCGCAAGACUCAGCAUCCGUCCAUAGAGAGCCCGGUCGACUGAGGCCAACCUCGACCACCGACACCCAACGGACUGUGGCCGAGGAGGUCUCCCUCUACACACCGAAAGGGUACGGUCCGUCGCAGCAACGGAACUUCUAUGACUACCAUCAACCAUCUAUCGCGAAAGGCAGCGACGCGAAGCCUCGCCCGAAGUCAGAUAUUCUCACCGGCAAUCGGAAAGUGAAGGACCUCUUUGGUCUGCAGCGCGCAACAUCGAGGGAAAACGAGCCUGCUGCGCAAUAUGAUAACGUUUCCACCAAGAGUCGAGGACCUCCAAGUCCUCGGAAAGCAGCUUCCCCGACUAAAGAGGAGCCCAAGCGGUUGUCUCGCGUGCAGGCAGCUAUCUCCGCAUUCAACGCGAAGGAGCGGGAUGCUGAUGUGCAUCAGCACCUGAACUCGAAGGACCUCGAGAGUGAAUUCGAAAAGUUGCUGGAUGCGAGAAACAUUCCCCAUAACAUGCGAGACAAGAUGCGCUCACUUGACACCAACAUCAAGGCGGACUUUAUUCAGAAAGAUCGAACGGAGAACACUCCUCUCAGCGCCGGAACCGGUGACAGUCGUCGCGGCCGUGGAAAGGAGUCACAGGAUGGCCCAACUCAAGACCGGAAGGGCUCGCGCUCACGGUCUAGAAGCCGUGGCUUCACGCUGACCAAAGGUCCAUCUUCGCCUGGUAAGAAACUACGACGCGAUAGUGAAGCUUCGAACCGUCGCCCGAAAUCGGUAGAUCUGUCCCAGCCUGUUGGUGUUUACACAACACUCUCAGCUGCGGCCUCCACUGCAUCCCUUUCGGAGGCAGCUGCUGUUGAUACUGCGGCUGAUCCCUCUGACUUUGUGCACUAUCUACGAGAGAUCCAGAAACCGGAGAUGGUUGAAGUUGGCAAGGUGCAUAAAUUGCGCCUUCUUCUUCGUAACGAGACCGUCAACUGGGUUAAUGGCUUCAUCAUCGAAGGAGGCAUGGAUGAGAUCGUGCAGCUCCUCUACCGCAUUAUGAACAUGACCUGGAGAGAGGACCACGAGGAUACACUUCUGCACGAGGCAUUGCUUUGUUUGAAGGCUCUUUGCACCACAUCUGUCGCACUGGCUCAUCUUUCUUCGAUUGAAGAUGAACUGUUCCCGGCCUUGCUGAAGAUGGUAUUUGACGAGGAAAAGAAGGGACCUAGCGAGUUCACCACUCGAGGUAUUAUCGCCAAUCUCCUGUUCACCCAGCUAUCUACCGCCCCUGCUGGUGAAAUGGCAGUCAAGCGCACCAGGCAGAUCCUCGGCUACCUGCAGGACCCUGCGCCACCAGAAGACAACCAGCCGCUCUCUUUCAUCGCUAAUAUCUACCAAUCGCGGCCAUACCGUGUGUGGUGCAAGGAAGUCACCAACGUUACCAAGGAGGUAUUCUGGAUCUUCCUUCACCAUCUGAAUGUCGUUCAACUUCCCAAGACUGAGGACGUUUUCGGUGAAAAAUCACCAGAAGAUACUCGCCCUUAUGUUGAACGUCACUUCCCACCCCCUCGUCCUCCAGUCCCAGCUGCUCCAUAUGUUGGUGGAGUGGAGUGGGAUGCAACCAACUACCUCGCCGCACACCUCGAUCUUGUGAAUGGCCUGAUUGCCUCGCUUCCCACCCCAGACGAGCGUAACCAACUCCGCGCUGAGCUCCGCUCCUCCGGCUUCGAGAAAGUCAUGGGUGGCAGCCUGCGCACCUGCAAGGAGAAGUUCUACUCCUCCGUACACGACUGCCUGCGCACAUGGGUUGCCGCCGCCGCAGAUGAUGGAUGGCCCUACACCUUCGUGCGCGAAGGCCCGCCUCGGGCAGGCGAACCCGGCUCCCCAACCAAAUCUCCAAAGAAGUCAGCCCCAGGAAGCCCAAGGAAGGGCCUAGUCGACGAACGACCACCCAAGCUCGAGCUAGCCCUGGACUUCUCUGACAACCGUCCAGCUCCAGGCCCGUCAACUCCGUCAAGCGACCUGCGCAGCUGGCUCUAA